CUAAUUACCUAAUUAGCUUUAGGUAAUUAGACGGACCGAGAACGAACCAGACUGUCUACCAGGACCAUUAAAUCUUAAAUGUUCUGUGGCUAUUUAUGCAAAUUAUUAUUGUAUAUAGUCAUUCUACUAGUUAAUAUCGCCAAUGCUUCUAUUUGAGCAAAUAAGUGCAACGUUAGGAUCAGUGAGGUUGAUAUGUUCCAGCACUCGCUCACCAGGCAACAAAAUAUGUUUUGGACAAGUCGCUCCACAACAUUGUCGCUUAGAUCGUCGACGUCAAAUGGUGCCACCUACCAAAUGUUUUCGUCCAAUUUCAUAAUGAAAUGAAGUGACUUCGAAGUAUAAAUGCUUUUUCGUAGUUUGCAUUCAGCACCAACAUUAUAAGAAGAGAUGAAGCACUUCAGCCGCUUGACAAAACGUACAAGUUUUCCAGAGAAGCAAAAUAUGGUUGUGAUGGGACGAAAGACAUGGGAGUCUAUUCCAGCAAAGUUCCGACCUCUUCCUGGUCGUAUUAAUGUUGUCCUAACAUCACAAGCAAAGAAUGACCCUACUCAUUUUGCUGGCAGCAUUACUUGCAGCAGUUUUGAAGAGGCAUUACAAGAGGCUCUCACUUCUGAUCUGCAGGUGGAGACCAUCUGGGCUAUUGGUGGGUCCUCAAUAUAUAAGAUGGCUAUGGAGUCGGAUCAUCUUCACCGUGUCUAUCUAACUCAAGUAUUAAAGAAUUUUGAAUGCGAUACAUUCCUUCCAUCAUUUGAUUCCAGUAAAUUCAAGCUUGUUGAAGAUCCAGAAGUUGCAAAAGAGGUUCAGCAAGAAGGUGAUAUACAAUACAGAUACGAAGUGUACGAGAGGCUCUGAGAUUUGCAGAUGUCUGCUAUCUCAGCAAUUGCUUAUAAUUCUCAAAAUGUAAUUUCUGUUUAUAGUAUUAAUUGUAUAUUUUACCAUAGAUCUCAUAAAAUACAAGCAUCAUUUUACACCACUAAUUUUAAUUUCAAACAUAUUUAACUACAAAUGCCAAUGUGAUUUUUGGGACCAAGCUUAACUUUAGAAAAAUACCAUAUUGUAGGCAAGCGACUCAUGAUGAUAAUUUGAUUACUUUAAUAUAUGUGUAUGAAAUUAUUAACAGAACCAGUCUCAUAAAGUAUACCUUAAAAUGGGGAAAAGUAUAACCACACAUGAGGCAAUGUUUAUGUAUAUUUCAGAGCAAACCACUCAACAUCACAGUUUUUCUGCACGUUAUAUAUUUUUUAAAACUCUUGGAUUUUCGGAAUGAUACACGAGCAAGGGUUUAAUUUUCAAAUCGCCACACAGCACAAGAGUUAGCCUAUCC